GGGCCUGGAGCCCUGGAGCCCAGUAGCUGCCUUCCCCUCCCCUGUCCUCCCACCCAUGAGGAGGCCCAGAUGAGGAAACUGAGGCAGGCAGAAUUGAAGUGAGCUGCCGAAGGUCACUCAGCUCAUAAGUGUCGGAGAUUGGAUUUAAAAUCAGGUCUUCCUGACCACAGGCCCAGCACUCCUUGUGCCACCUCGCUGCCCCAGAUCCUCCUGGCUCUGACCUUGGCUCUCAGGGGGAUGGCAGACAGACGGACAAUGCAGGCCCACACGGUUGCAUCCCUGUUACUGGCAGCCUUUCUUCUCAUGGAAACCCCAAAGGCCUGGAGUCACCAGGUCUCUGGCCAUGACCUCUUCUCACGAGAGUCCCCGCUGGACAUGGCACCAGCCUCCUUUGAUGACCAGUAUGCAGGCUGUGUAGCAGCCAUGGAAGCGGCCCUCCCUGACCUCAACCAAACUGAGUUCAAUGCAAGCCCCGUCUAUGCUGAGGCCUGGAAAUCAGCAGCUGCCCGUUGGCAAGAGCGCCGGGACUGGGAGCUAAAGGGGACCCCUACCUCUAGAAGACUGCCACCGCCAGGCUUCAGGGAUGAACAUGCCGUGGCCCUCCUGGCCUACACAGCCAAUAGCCCCCUGCACCGAGAGUUCAACGCAGCGGUGAGAGAGGCUGGCAGAUCCCGGGCCUAUUACCUCCGAUACUUUCCUUUUAAGACACUUCACUUCCUGCUCACAGAGGCUCUGAGACUGCUGGGCUCAGGGCAGCAGCCCAGGUGCCAUCAGGUCUACCGGGGAAUACACGGGGUACGCUUCCGGCCUGUGGGACCAGGGGCCACCGUUCGUCUAGGAGCCUUUGCCUCAGCUUCCCUUAUGGGUGCUGCUGCCCACCAGUUUGGAGAGGACACCUUCUUUGGCAUCUGGACUUGCCAGGGGGUAGUUAUUAAGGGCUAUUCCUUCUUCCCCGGGGAGGAGGAGGUGCUGAUUCCUCCCUAUGAGACUUUCCGUGUGGUCAAUGCCUCGGUACCGACUCGAGGCCCAGUUCGUAUCUACCUCAAAGCCCAGGACAAGUUCAGCACCUUUAACUGCGAGUAUAUCAAAGACAAGCAGUGUGCUUCAGGACGCUGCAAACAAAAUAAUUCAGCACCAGGAAUGAGGAUGGAGCCCUUCUCCCCAUCCCAGCAGCUCCUGCUUCUGCUCUGGCUCCUCAUGAUGCUGAUAUUUCUCGACCCCCCAAGUCUCCACUGACUGCCGCCUGGCCUCACUGAUUCUCUUCAGCUCAGGGUACCUGAGCUCAACGCAUAUAUGACAGAUGUGUGUGAGUCAAGACAGACCUGAAAGCUGUACCUGGCCCAGUAUCUUGGCACCUCAGUGCAGAGCAGUGUUGAAGACAGAAGUAGCCAUAAAAGGUCAAAACUUUGGGAGGCUGGAUUGAGCCAGUCAACACUCCUAUAUUUGGCCCCAAUGCUGACUCAUCACGGGACCCAGAAGGUUGGAGACCACAAUCAGCUGGUACUUCCCCUGUCCUAGCAAACUCCUAUCUGCUGCUCCCCUACUCCCUCUGAUGCUGAAGUGAAAACCCCUUGCUUUGCUUCUCUGUUCAUGAUCUCAUUCCUGUACACAGCAGUGCCCCACCCCUCCCCCCUUCCCAGGCUCCCCUGCUCCCCUCACUGUAUCAUUAACAAACUCUUCUUUAUCCUAAAUCUUUCUCCUCAUACUCUAUCUGCUAUAGCUAAGGGAAACUUGGCUCUAUUUGGAAGACACUAUAUCCCCGAUAACCUCCUUACUCCACUCUUCCCCCUCCCAUUGCUAAUUGUUCCUUCUCUUAUGUCACUGGGGGACUUAUGUCCUUGGUCCUCACUGUCACUUCUAGAUUUCUCUCUGUUGUCAUUCAGGAACAGCUCCUCCUUUGAGGCUCAUCCCAUUGAUCGAUACCACUUUGUUGAGAUCCUUAUUACUCGUUAAUACUCUCUCAUUACUCCCUCAAGGACUGGAAUAUCUGCCUUCAAAUUUUCCUCUUCAUUCCUACCCUGCCUUCAUAUCUGGGGCCUCCAAAUUCUUCAAACUUCCUGACUCCCAUCACCUACAUCUUCAAUCCACUUCAUCCACACACAGGAGGCAAUCUCAUACCUUAGCUUCCAGCAUCACCCCAGAAUGAUUCUACUUCUAUGAUCUUGAAGUAUGAAAUACCCCUCUCUGAAAACAAUAUUCUAUCCUUCUUUCUCUGUCUUACUUCUAAACCUAUUCCUUGUCCUUACCUGAAUCUUCAUUUGCAUCUUUCCCUCCAAUUCGUUCCCCGACUGGGGCUCGGUUUUUGUCCUUUCACAGCCUUGACCCUAUAUGUAACCCAGAGAAGUUUGGGAGCUCCUAGAUCCAGUGGAUAUGCAUUAUCUUCCACCCUUGAACCUAUUGCCCUCUUGACUUUUUGCUGUUUGCUCAUGUCCUUCUGAUCCUGAACUCUGGAUCACCACUACUGCUACCACUGAAUUUUUCUGUGAUCCAGCUCCUAAGUUGCUGAAAGCUGUUGGAAGAAAGCCAACUUGGUCCAUCACAAAUUUAUGCCCUCUCAUCUUAGCAGGGCUCCCACUACUGCAUGGCAAUCCUUUUAUUCUUCCCUAUUCCUUAUUAUUAUUCCCUAUUUUAUUCUUCUUUAACACACUUCACACAUUAGUCAUUCUAAGUCUUUUCCUCUUUUUUUUCAGUUUGCAGUGUGACCUCUUUCGUCAUUCACUCAUAGCAGGCAAUCUUAUCUCCUUUACUGAUGUAACAGUAACACCCCACCUCCCCCGCCCAGCCCUAAUGGGGCUGGGAUUCCUCUUCUUUCCCUUUCUACCAAAGGGCCCCUUCUCAGCUCUGGAUCCAUGCACUCAGGUGGGAUUCAGUCCUGGAAGAGCCUGACCAACAGAGUCAGAGAUCGUCUCUUGACCCACUCUAGAGUCCCAGGAAGAAUCACUUAAAGCCUAGGUUUUCCUCAUGUCAGACCCAAAAGGGAAGACUAGAAAGGUCCUCAAUAUACAAUGUAAAUCAGGUACAGGACUGCUAUUUAUUUCCUCCACACAAAAGAAAUUCUUAAUACAAGAAAUAGGCACACAUUGACAAGAUUAAACAAGCAGCAAAAAUAACUCAUAACUACUGUUAGUCUCUCAUUGAGGUUAGUGCUUAAAACAUCAAAACAUGAAGCAUUUUGUGGGAUUGUUGAAUCAACAUUUCCCCUUCACCUCAGCUUUGUACUGUCCAAACAAAUUUCAAGUACAUAUCUUCUGGCACACCAAAUGGAUUGGACCCAUCUUCCUGCUGCUGGUCCUCUUCAAGAAGUAUUGGUGAGGUUGCUUCUGAUUCCUCCUUUGAUUGAGCCACCUUUGACUGAGGACCCAGGAGCUCCUAACCUCUUGAACUUACAAGGCUGCCUCCAAGGCAGGAAAUGUCCAUCCUGGGAUUAUCUCUAAGAUACCUAUACUCAAGAAAUAAACAAAACAGAACUGCACCAACACAGAACUUAUACCAUCCUACAUGUAUUCCCACCAGUCACCAUGUUUCAAAGGUGAAGGAAGGGAAACCUCUUUCAGCUCCCACAGAAAGAGGCUCUAUGGGUCCUGAUAUGAUCAAUAGAUAAGAAGAGAGAGAAUGAGAGAGAGAGAGGACAAAAGAGGGAGGGAGAGGGAGAGGGAGAGAGAGAGAACAGAAAUAGUCCCUUUAAGGUCAAGUGAGUGGGUCACUCCUGACCUAAAGCCAAUCCUCCCUAACAGAAUCUUGACACACCUUCCCUCCUUCAGCUGUCAUGAGGUGUAAAGAUCAAGGAACAACUCAAGUUUUGCUUCGUCGUCCCAAAAUGACAAGCCCUUCAGUGUCGAGCCGCAUGUUUCUCUGGAAGUGACCAGGGUGCACAUUCACUAUUCCAUGCCAUGUUCUAGCCAGAAUGUAGCAGGAAGCCUACUAUUCACAUUUCAUUACAAAGAGAAAAUUGAGGCCAUCUUUCAUGAGCAUUCUCAUCUCCAUUACUUCCCACUCAAAGUUCUAUAUUAUCACUCAUCUUUUUUGUUCCAGUUACUGAAAAAGGGGCAUCCCUUCUCCUUGUAAAAGCUAAUUCUUUUACUGGUGCUUUUUGUUCCAUCCCUCCCCAUCUCUUCCAGGUAAUGAUCAUUCCUUUUCUUUUUCUUUUCUCAUCUUUCUCUAACUACUGGUUCUUUUCUUGAUGUCUACGAACACAUCCAGGUAUCUCCUAAUCCUUAAAAUCUUAAUUGACUCUAUCAUCUUCUCAAGCUACGUUUCUCUCUCUCUCUCUCUCUCUCUCUCUCACUCCUAAAAAGAGUACUAAUAGAAGUUAUCAAUAUUCAUUGUCCCUACUUGCUCAUCCCUUACUUGCUUCUUAUUUUCUUGGAAUCUGAUUUCUAUCUUUAUGGUCUUGAACUUUCUUUAGCUUUUGAUACUGUUGACCAACUCCUUCUCCUCAAUAAUCUCCUUCUCUAGGUUUUCUUGCCACUGUUCUUCCCUUGUUCUCCUCAUACCUGCUGAUCUCUCCAUCUUAGUCUCUUUCUGAAUCAUCAUCCACUUCCUACCCUGCAAUUGUGGUGCAAUUCCCUCCCUUCUCUCAUGGUGAUUUCAUUAGAUCCUAUGGGUUCAAAUGUUCUGUAUACCAGUGACUCCCAAAAUGAUAUACUCAGCCCUAAUCUUUCGCUUAGACUACAGUACUGCAUACUAUAAUAACUUUGCCGGCUGGAUAUUUCUAGCUAGGCUAUCUCUACCUCAAAUUCAAUAUGUCCAAAUGGAACUCAUCAUCUUCCCUGCCCUCAUUCAACUUUCCCUUUUUGUCUUAAUAACACCAUCCUCCUAAUCACCCAGGUUUAUAUUGCUACAAUAAUCCUUGACUCUUUCCCUCACUCCUCACCAUCAGUUUGCAAGUGUUCUUGAUUCUACUUCAUCACAUCUCUCACUUCUGUUUCCUUCUGUCUAUUUAUAUAGCCAUCACCUUGAUUUAGGUAGGCUUUCAUCUCCUCUCUCAUAGACCACUGGAAUACCCUUGUAAUUGCUCACCCUUCUUCCAGUCUUUCUCCUCUCCACUCCAUCUUCCAUUUACCUGCCAUUAUAAUAUUCCUAAGGAAUAGGCCUGACCAUGCAACUCUACUGUUCACACAGCAGCUUCUUACAGCCUCUAGGAUAAAAUGAAAAUUUCUUAACUUGAUAUUUAAAGCCCUCAACAAUCUAAUUCUAUCCUAGUUAUUUUUUUUCUUUCUUUCAUGUUUCAGCCAACUGGACUACUAGCUAUUACCUGGACUUGACAUUCCAUCUCUUGCUUAUUGUAUGUUCAUACAAGCAAUCUGCCACAGCAGAAUGUACUCUCUACCCGUCAGAGUCCUUAUUUUCCUUCAGGGUCAUUCUUGGGUGCCACCUACUUCCUUUAUCUUCUCCUGUCUUUUGUGAUCUCUCCCUCCUCAAAUUACCUUUUUAUUUACUCUUUUGUAUAUGUACUAUUUCUCCUCAAUAGACGGCUUCUUGAGGGCAGGAACUGUCUUAUUUUUUGUCUUUGUACUUUCCUCCCUAGAAGAGUGACUUCCAUGGAAUAGAUGCUUAAUAAAUAUUUGCUGAAUUAAA